AUGACCUCCACCGAGAAGGCAUUAUCGCCAUCUUCCCACGAGAGCGAUGGCAUGUCCAGGCUGUCACCAUCGCUACCCGAUGAGAAAGCCAACAAAGCCGUGGCCGAGCCGACGGGCGUCUUUUAUCGAUCAAUGUCACAUGUGUCCGGACCAGACGUACUCGAGUCAGCCUCACCGCAGCCGCCGCCUCAGUCUUCUGGUCCCCAUACCGAAGCUGGAGAAGAAAUAUACGACCGCAUGUCGUCCCGCCGCAAGCAUGUCAUAGUAACUGUCUUGUCGUUUUGUGCUUUCUUAGCGCCCUUGUCAAGCACGAGCAUUCUAGCCGCCGUGCCCGAGGUUGCCAUAGCGUACCAUACAACAGGCUCCAUCAUCAACGUGAGCAACGCGGCAUACAUGGCGCUGAUGGGUGUCUCGCCGGUGGUAUGGGGGCCGAUGAGCCAGGUAUUCGGCAGGCGUCCUAUGACACUAUUAACGACGGUAUUGUUCUUCUUGCUGAGUGUAGCAACUGCUCUUGCUCCGAAUCUGGCAUCCUUCUUUAUAUUCAGAGCUCUCUCAGCCUUUGAAGGUACAGCGUUUGUCCUGCUGGGAGCGGCCUGCAUAGGAGAUAUAUAUCGGCCCACGGAACGAGCAACUGCUCUCGGGUGGUUCAUGUCUGGCACACUGAUCGGUCCUGCCCUUGGCCCUUGCAUAGGGGGCAUCUUGGUGACUUAUACAUCCUGGAGGUCCAUCUUCUGGCUGCAGACGGCGUUGGCUGGCACAGGUUCCCUCGGUGUCUUCUUCCUUGUGCCAGAGACUAUCCACCACAAGAAGAUCGACGACUUGGAAGGCCGCUCCAGGAAAGAAAAGGCCAAGGCUGUACUUCAUAUGACGAGCCCCAUUCGGGUGAUGCGGCUGUUCAGAUACUGGAAUCAGGUACUGGUCGCACUCGCCAGCUCAGCGCUUGUGUGGAACAUGUAUACCUUGCUCACACCGAUCCCGUACGUGUUGAACCCGCGGUUUCAUCUAGACUCACCGAUACUGUCAGGCCUCUUCUAUCUGGCCCCCGGGAGCGGCUACCUGGUGGGGACGUUCAUGGGAGGGAGAUGGGCAGACAGAACGGUCAGGAAAUGGAUAGAAAAACGCAACGGUGUGCGUGUUCCGGAGGAUCGCUUGCGGUCCGCGAUCCCGUUCAUGGCCUUCCUUGUGCCAAGCUGCAUCCUUGUGUAUGGAUGGGCCAUUGACAAGGCUGUGGGUGGCAUUCCUGUUCCAGUCAUCAUGCUCUUUUUGCAAGGUGUCGGGCAGCUCUUCUGCUUUCCUGCCCUCAACACCUACUGCUUGGACGUGAUGCCUGGACGCGGCGCAGAGGUGACGGCGGCGAACUACUUUGUUCGGUAUAUGGCAGGCUGCGUCGGCACAGCGAUAGUCCUUCCGGCCAUUGAGGGCAUCGGUGUUGGCUGGUUUGAGACUAUCUCUACUGGUCUGGUGCUGCUCUCGACACUCGGUGUCCUGGCUACCAUUCGAUGGGGCAAGGAUUGGAGGGAAACGGUUGAUGCGAAGAAGAAGUCGUCAGUCGAAAAGGACGCUGGUGAAAUGACAGACGUGGACCAUCGACAACGAGAGGGAGACGCCGCAUAUGGCGAGAAGCCUAGAGGAAAAGUCUGA